AUGACACAUUCAGAUCAACCAUCAUUUGGUAAAAAGUUAUUCAAUGCAGGUGUUUUUGGAUCAGUAGGUGGAGCAGUUGUUGCAUUCAACAAGACAUUCAAUCACAGUGUUUUUGUAGAUGAUCCAAAAAAGUUCAUUCAAUCAUCAAAAGGCUUCUAUGGUAAAGCAGUUGGUUCAGGUAUUAUUGCAUGUAUGGCUUAUACUGGUACCAAACACGUUUUAGAACAAGCUCGUGGUACUGAAGAUUAUUUAAAUAAUACUGCUGGUUCAAUUGUAACUGCUUUUUGUUUAGGUGCUUUCACCAAUUCAUUAAAAGUUGGUGUUAGAUCAGGUCUUCUUUUAAUUCCACUUACCAUUCUUACUGAUAUGAUCAAUACUGAAAUGAAUUCAUCACAAAAUCUUAUUGAUUCUAGAUAUGACACCCAAGGAAAAGCAAAACUUGUCAUUCAUAAUAAAAUGGAAGAAUUAAAUGCACAAAACUAG